GAUGGAGAAGGAAGACGAUCAGAGAAGGCGCCCAAACGGAUGCACAAGAGGCGCACAAAAAGCUAAAGUACAUUGAUUGAGGUUGAUUAGCAAGGAGCACAGUCGUUCCAUUCCGAUGGCGGCGACGGAAGGGAAGAAGCGAGUGAGUUACUUCUAUGAUCCUGAAAUAGGGAACUACUAUUAUGGGAUGGGCCACCCCAUGAAGCCGCAUAGAAUACGGAUGACGCACAACCUGCUCCUGCACUAUGGUCUCUACAACAAGAUGGAGAUCUUCAGACCGUUCCCCUCCAGGGACAAGGACAUGUGCAGGUUCCAUGCCGAUGACUAUGUCGACUUCCUAAAGAUGGUCACCCCAGAGAACCAGCAUGAGAACCUGAAGAUGCUCAAGCGCUUCAAUGUUGGGGAAGAUUGCCCCGUCUUUGACGGCCUCUUCAACUUCUGCCAGACGUACACAGGGGGCUCUGUUGGUGGUGCUGUCAAGCUGAACCACCAGCACUCGGACAUCGCAAUCAACUGGUCAGGCGGGCUGCAUCAUGCCAAGAAGUGCGAGGCGUCCGGUUUCUGCUACAUCAACGACAUCGUGCUGGCCAUCCUGGAGCUGCUGAAGUACCAUAAUCGCGUGCUCUACAUCGAUAUUGACAUCCAUCAUGGCGACGGGGUGGAGGAGGCGUUCUACACCACCGACAGAGUGAUGUCAGUCUCCUUCCACAAGUUUGGGGACUACUUCCCAGGCACAGGAGACGUGCGCGAUGUUGGCUAUGGGAAGGGCAAAUACUACGCCCUGAACGUGCCGCUGAAGGAUGGAAUUGAUGAUGCCAGCUACGAGUCUUUGUUCAAGCCCAUCAUUGGAAAGGUGAUGGAGGUCUUCCAGCCGGGGGCUGUCGUGCUGCAGUGCGGAGCGGAUUCGCUGACGGGUGAUCGGUUAGGCUGCUUUAACCUGUCUGUCAAGGGACACGGAGAGUGCGUCAAGUUUGUGCGGUCCUUCAACGUGCCGCUACUGCUGCUGGGUGGGGGAGGCUACACAAUCCGGAAUGUGGCGCGGUGUUGGUGCUAUGAGACGGGCGUCGCGCUGGGCGUGGACUUGGAGGACAAGAUGCCGUACAACGACUACUUCGAGUACUUCGGCCCUGACUACACGCUGCACAUCCUGCCCAGCAACAUGGAGAACCUCAACACGCGACAGGAGCUGGAGACCAUCAAAACACGCCUGCUGGACAACCUCUCCAAGCUGCAGCAGGCGCCCAGCGUGCCCUUCUACGACCGCCCACCCGACACCGAAAUUUAUGAGGAGGAUCCCCACGACCUGGACCCCGAGGUGCGCGCACGUCCCCGUCCCAACGCUCCCGACCAUCUCUGGCAAGGCUCUGGAACCACGGAGGCGGAGGAUGAGGCUAAGAGGAAAGCAGCGCAGGCGGGCAAGGCCAAGGAGGAGCCCAUGGUUCCAACUGAGUGGAAGCCGCCAACCUUGGCGCCAGAGCCGCGGCCUGUUGCCGCGAAGCCCGAGCCUCCCACGGAAAAGAAGAAAGAGACUACGGAACCGAUCCAGGUGCCGGCCCCUACGGGCCCUGUGGUGGACGCUCUCGGGCGGAGCGUCAAGGCGGCGCACCUCAGCGAAGCAGAGGGCGACAACAUGGAGGUAGACGAGAAGCCGUCCAGCGCCUCGCCAGCCCAUACCACGGACACGGUCAUGACCGACGCUUCCGCACCCCCACCCCCUUCCUCCUCAGCCCCCGCUCCUCCUCUGGUCGUACCCCCCUCCCACCCGCAGCCAAACCCAACCCCGCCCCCAGCCUCUCAAGCCCCUCAACUCCUCCCCGCUCCGACUACGAGCCUGGUCUCAAAGGCCCCGCCGCAGGCAACCCCCGUCGCGCCGCCCAGUUUCAAGGUGCCGAAGCCGGCCACAGCAGGGCCCUUGUCGUCGGGCCCUGCUCGACCUGAGCCCUUAGCGGUGAAACCGUUGGUGGGUCAUGUUUCCCAGGGGCCGGCGAGCGGCCCUCGACCAGGUGGCGGGUUAACCGGCCACCUUCGACCGGGCCUUGCCACCCCCGCGGUGGGGACGGGAGGGGCCAUGGGGCCGACGGUGGGCGACCAAUCGAGGGGCCCUCUCGUGGGUAUGAACAUGCAGGUGCCAAGUCCCGCGGGUCCCCCGCAACCAACGGCACCCGGAUCGGGCCAGCCGGCCCGUGAGGGUACAGGACAACAAAAGUAGUCAAGAAAAGAGCAGAGCAGUUUGAAAGACGUGAAUGGAUGCCAGUGUAAAGCAACAGAAUUCCUUGGAACGUAGGGGACUUUGUUCGCUGAGCCUUGCAGUCUGUUUGUGUCCUACCAUGUUAAUGCAACUGCUAGCCGUUGUACAAGUUUCUAUUCUUGGUAUCUUCAUAUACUUGAUUCCGAAUAACUCUAAUGAAACGGAGCUUGAUGUCGGGCAA